CAUGUCUGUCACACGCUGCCUGCCGCCGCGUUGGCGUGCCAUGCAAAUAAACGGAUAUUUUACAUGCGUUGUCGAAUAAAACCUGCAUUUUAAGCUAAUCUAAUAGUGCAAACACGUUCGCCUUGUAGCUUAUUGAAAUGGUCCAAACUGCUCUGAAGAUGAGAAAAAACGGUCAUUUAUUAGUGUUUUAUAAUAUGUAUUCGGCGUCUCCAUUGUAGAGUGAACCGGACGUCUGUGAGGCAUUUGACCGGCUAACGGACGAAGUAGCGUUAUCGCAUUAACUAUCUUGCCUCACGGUACGCAAAUGCAUCACGAGAGGGACCGUUCUUACAUGACUUCACAUUGGCCGGGAGCUGUGACAUUGGACGCCUCCUGCAUGGUCCGUCAGGUUGUUGUGGGGUUUUUUUAUAGGUAAAAAUAGAAGUAGACACAUCAACAGUAGUGUGAGUGAGCUUCCCGCCGUACCGACACCUCUUGCCCAGCAAUUUCUUUCAAGUCUAUUUUUCUACUUUAGCACCGUGCUGGACGUAUCUGCCAUAGAGGAUAUAUGUUCGGUAAAGGUGCGAAGCGGAAGCUGGACGAGGAUGAAGAGGGGCUGGAAGGCAAAACGCUGGAGGCGCCGGUGGCGGGAGGGGGACUGGGCCCGGUGCCGGAGGGCCUGUCCAAGGUGUCGUACGCCCUGCAGCGGCAGACCAUCUUCAACAUCUCCCUGAUGAAGCUGUACAGCCAGCGGCCGCUCGGCGAGCCCAGCCUGGAGCGCCGCGUGCUCAUCAACAACAUGCUGCGGCGCAUCCAGGACGAGCUCAAGCUGGAGGGCUCCCUGCGGCCGCUGCUCCUGCCGCCCUCGCCGCCGCCCGACGACCCCACGGACGAGGGUUUCCGCGAGGCGGCGCCCUCCUUUGGCGCCCUGUCCACGGCGGCGAUCCAGCCGUCGGCGCUGCUGACGGCGGCGAUCGUCCCGCCGCGUUCGCCCCGCCCAACGGUGCCUCCCAACUGCCGGACGCCCCAGGCCGGCCCCGCCCCUCUGGAGGCCUGCCUGACCCCGGUGUCUCUGCUGGAGGAGGACGGCGGAGACUCAGCCUUUUGCACUCCGUCGCCGCCGACUCCUCCUCUGUCGCCCCCUCCGGCGCCGCCUCCUCCGCUACCCUCGGCACUUCUGAGCCCGGCGCCCCCCGCCCCGUCCAGCGGCGGUUUCCCCUCUGCUCUGAGUGACAUGGAGUUGGCUCCUCCCACAGCCAUAACAAGGACAGCAGCCGCUGAUAGUACGACCGUGACUACCUCCCCCGCGCCGCGCCCCCCGCCCUCCCACCACGCGGCCCUCUCCCUUUCACCCGCGGGCCCACUUCGAGACUGCAGGCCCGCGGGUGCUAAACCAGCGGCGGCCGGCGUCUUGCUCGCAGAAGCCCGUUGCGCCGAGCUCAGGCCGAUGGACCCUCUGUCCACGCUCCCCCCCGGUGGCCUCGGAGACAUUUCCUCCUCUUCCUCCUCCUCCUCCUCCUCGCCCUCGGGGUUUCUCUCAGACUUGGCGCUGGACGACGUCCUGUUCGCCGAUAUCGACACGUCCAUGUAUGAUUUUGACCCCUGCACGGCGGCGGGGGCCGUGGGAGCGGCAGGAGGCGGCCUCACCAAGUUACCGCCGGCGGUGAUGGCGGACGACCUCCUCAAGUCGUUGGCGUCGCCGUACAGCGGCCCCGCCCCCCAGGUCUCAGCCAAUCAGCCUUUCAAAAUCGACCUGACAGAACUGGACCACAUCAUGGAGGUGUUGGUGGGGUCGUGACUCGCCGACACCAGAAACACACAGGCAGUUUAAAAUGACAAAGACUGGAAUUAACUUUUGGGGGUGUUUUCUGGUUGUUGUUGUUUUUGUUUUUUAACUCUCUUCAAAGGUCGGUAAUUGUAAACAUCGAUGGGGAUGUCAAUUAAUACUACUAUGACAACUACUACUACACAACACUGUGCAUGCACUGCGCUCGCCUUUCUAAAUGCAGAAAUGAAGGAACUGGGAAACAAAGACAGCCACACGCACACAGGUUUGUAUUCCUAUACUUGUGAGGACCUUCUUUGACUCCAAUUAAUUCCCGUAUCCUAAUUUUUAACCUAGUUUUAACCUGAACCGAAGCCUUAACCCUGGGAAGUAACUGUAAACCGAAAACUAUGAAGACCGGCAGAUUGUCCUCAUUCUGGGGGAUUUUUGCAAUCAUUCUUUUCUUUUGAGGACAUUAACUCCUCACAGGUCUAGUAAUACAAGUAUACACACAUGACACACACACACACACACACACACACACACACACACACACACUAAACACACUGAAUUCAUGGCUUUUUAGCAGAUGAGUGCCUUUCAAAAUGACCACUUCUUCAAUUCCUGUUUUUACAGUAUUUAUCUUUUUUCUUUUCUAGUUCUUCUCACUUUUUAAAUUGUAUUUAUUGUAUGGUGUUCAAACUUAUUAUGAAGUCAGGUAAUUUCUCAUGAUCACAAACUAAUUAUUUAAUUUGCAUCUUAUGACAGAGGCUAUGUUUUUAUGUGUAAAGCGAGCAUCGAAAAGGUAUUUAAUGAGGAAUAUAUUGUUUCAACAGUGUGCCGCAUUACAUAUGAGGUAUAUAACCACGCUUUGGGAACGGCUCUAAAAGCACAUGGCUUUGGGUGUUCGUUAAACGUUUACACUUCAUGACUAUGAAUUAAUUUCAGGACUUUUUUUCCCUUCUUACCCUUCCUUAUUGGCAGGCACAUCUCCAUGUAACUGUGCUGGAUGCCGUUUUACGUGAGCCCGGACGACGUGCUCGUUAUCACGCUUCAGUGACGGCAGAAAUUCAAAUGAGCGACGCCCACAGGAGAGCUUGACACGUUUACAUCGGAAACCAAAUGCAGAUAAUCUGAAAAGUCCAAAACAAGACAAGAGACGGAGACAAACAACUAUUGCAAAGAAUCACACAAAGAAAACGGCGUUGACGGAUUUCCAACAUGAGUGGCAGACUAAUUACAGUGCGGCAUACAGUACUACACACACACACACACACAGUAUGUUAACUUAAGUUUGGCAAGAGGAUCUCAGGGUUUGGCUCACACUUUUUUUUACGCUGAACCCCGGAGCUCAGCACGUAUGGCAGAGGGAGGGCUAAAUCAUCGCGGGGGGAACACACACCACGGUGUCAACCUGAUACUGCAACAAUGCAAAAGACUCCCUGUCAUCUCCAAACGACAAAGGAAUCUUGCAGCACUAAACGACAAAACAUGACGGCUGAGUGCGGCAUCUAGGAUGAGGAUACCCGCGGUCUACAUGUUUGUUUGUUUUUUGCCAGCAGACCACAACACACACACACACACACACACACAGUUUUAACCCUUGUGUUGCCUUCGGGUCAUUUUGACCCGAUUCAAUGUUUCACCCUCCUGUCGCCUUCGGGUCAAUAUGACCCGAUUCAAUGUUUAACCCUCCUAUUACCUUUAUAUUUACUAACAUAUUUUACCCUUGAGGUCAAUAUGACCCCAGCUAUUAAAAUCUCCAGAAAAUUAUUAGAAUUAAUAUUGUUUUCCAAGUUUAAGUGUGAGGUACUUUAUGUUUGUUUGUUGACUCCCGAAAGAACACCGACAUUAAACAUUGAAUCGGGUCAAAAUGACCCGAAGGCGACACGAGGGUUAAAGAAAAAAAAUAGCGUAUUCCUCAAAUGUCCGCCGGUGAGCUUUUUCUAUCGAAGUUAGAAAUAGUCCAUUCACACAAAUUUCUCUACCUUUUUUAAAAGCAAGUUGCUGUUAAGUUUGGUGUUUUUAAUAUAACCGUUAACUGAGGUGUUCCGUGAAAAAUGGGAUCAAACUCGAUGGACGAGAGUAGAAUGGAGCCACAGCUUUUGAAAGGAUUGUCCCAACAUUUACACACAGCCCAUUGUGAGAGACCAACAUGACGGCACCAGCAGGGUUGUCACGUGACAGGGAGCUGAAGACACAGGUAUCAGCCAAUCACAGACCUGCCAUGCAGAGGUCACGCUAAUUACUGGACUUGCAGAUACUUGGCGUGUUUACGGGAGGUGAUGCAACACAAAGCCUUUUCCCUGCUGCACUAUUCAGAACAACAGUCAGACAAUUCAAUGAGGUUUUAAAUAAUAGGCUGCAACUUUAGAGGAAUAAUCCACCCUGGGGGACGAUUAACGCAUCACCAGUCAUUCAUGUACAAUCAUGUUGGUACUUUCUGUGGGGCGAUGUCAUAAGUCAUCUUGAGGCUACUUUUGGUGACAUUGGAUUCUGCCCCUUCCACACUCUUGUGAUUGUAAAUAUCAACGCGCAAUGACGACUUUUCAAAAGCACGAAGUGUGAAACACGCUUUGUCGUAGAUCCCGUUUGCUUUUGACGCAUCACAAGUGAAUUACAAAUGGACAUAGUCAUACCGGGGGGAAAUAAAUGUCCCCGGAAAAGCACGUUCAGAGUGCAGUGAAGUUGUAUGGGAACGUGAUUUCGUGGAAGAUUGAGUUGGGCCAUCGGAACAUGCUCCAAACAUUUCUUAUGACACUAUUACCCUAGAAAGUGGUUUUGGCAAACAUGUUGUCGACGGUUUGCUGCACUUCGGCAUUCUGGGGGAGUUCUGUCUCCGGCCGCCUGAUGAGUUCAAGUCCCAUUUUCACUCGCUCUCUUUUUGACUCUUUCGGCUGCGCAGUUUGGUGCUGCGAGUUCAAGCGUGAAGGCUCAUCAUGUCACGGUAUUAAUGUCAAAGAUAUUGAGUGCAGCUUUAAUGUCGACGGAGGAAGAUGCCCGCAGAUGAACAGUGGCGCAGACAUGCAACCAGGUGGAUUUUUUCCUUCAACAGCAGUCACUUUUAAGUUGCACAAUUAACCCUAAACACUUUAACGUCCGCCAACGCGGCCUCGCUAUGGUAACAAAACGGUAUGUUCAUGUUUUUCUUUCGACGCAGCCGUUGUGAACGGGACAGAAUGUGUGAGUCUGACUCAUCGUACAGCGCGAGCCAACAGCAGAGAGGUCGGGCUGGUGUCAGAACGCGUUCCGGUGGAAGAUCUUAAGUUUCCCAGCAUGCAUUUGACCUCAGUUAGUACGCAAGGAAACUGCAUUGAAACCGAAUCCAAAGCAACGUGAGCUGAGCAGAGAAGAGCACCGACGAAGAGCACCGACGAAGACCGUUUGCAGACGGCGGUCUCGUUUCUUUCUCCGUUAAGUGCUUUUUUCCCUCUUUUUUUUGUGGGGUCAAUGAAGUUAUUUAUUCAUAUUGUUUUUUCUUCUCCGUGUAAAUAUAUUUAUUUUUUAUGUGAAGUGAACAUUUGGAUUGUAAAUGUGUGUACAGAAUGUGUGGUAGGAAUGUAUCAGAUAGGAUUGUAUCUGAGUAUGGAAUUAUGGGUGGAAGCCAUUUUAUAUAUAGAUAGAUAGAUAUCUAUAUAUGAAUAUAUACAAAGUUAGUUAUUAUCUUUUUUUUAUGUUUCUUUAUCAUUGUUUUUUGUGUGUUGGCGACGGCAACUUUUUACACCUUUUUUUGUACACUUUUUGUUCCACCAUUUUUGUUCCAGAUGUCAAGGCGAACAGUUCAUGCAGCAAUACUCCGAUGUCAACGACUCCAAAGCCUGUCACAGACGCUUCAAUGCCAAAAGUAAUGUACAUAGUAUGAACAACAUUCGAGCUCCUGAGGCUUUUUUGUUUUUUUUUGUCGAUCAGUGUUUGUUACCGAACCUUGUUUUAGCGCUGGACCGAACACGCAGCGGUUUGAAUCGGCCAGCGAGGCCGAUUUCCUCUGCGAAGGCUGUAUUUUACACAGACCUCAGAGCUGUGCCUUUUUCUAUGCAAUACACACAGAGAGAAACUAUCUGCUGACCACUGUAUUGGGAUCCAAAUGUGGACUGUAGAUAAUAAAUACAUAUAUAUGUAUGUG